AUUGAUAAUCCAAAAAUACACGCAUCUGUGACCGGAACUAUUAUUAGGUCUUUUCCUUUUGACGACAGUGAAGAUAGGCCAGUGAGUGCCCAUUUGUUUGAGACCUGUGACUCCCCCACCCCACCACUAACAUGGGAGAUGCUGAAGAGAAGAAGGGGGAGGAGGAUAGGGUCCUGUCCAAGGUCUGCAUGUAUUUCACCUACAAGGUGCGCUACACCAACAGCUCCACAGAAAUCCCAGAAUUCCCCAUCGCGCCAGAGAUCGCCUUGGAGCUGCUCAUGGCCGCCAACUUCCUGGAUUGCUGAAUGUCGGUGUUUCCUACUUGUUGGCAUCCCCUGCUCAAGAAUGGAUCGGUCCACUUCUGCCAUACACUCGGCAGAGUACAGACUAGUCCAUUCUUUAGAUAGGGGUAAUAAGAUUAAUCAUGCAUCUUUUAGAGUCAUUAUCAACUGAGAUAAUUGUACAGUACUUAUCAAUUUUUCUUUUGAAGUCAACCUAUUUACUGAAAUGUUACAGGAAGUUAGAAGUGGUCAUUUCUGAAUGAAGGUAUCAUUCCAUCAUGACCUAUCAGGGGGCAGUGUGUAGUUUAUAUUGUGUAUCACUUCUGUGAGCAUGAGAUGUGUUAUUUAAGGUGUGUAAAAUGGGUAUGGGUCAGAGCUGUGUCAAUUUAGUAUCAAAUGUUUGUCCCACAGUAACAUAUUUCCUUAGGAAACUGUAGGAAUGCCGCAAAACAUAACUUCAUAUAAAUCAUGUACUUUCCCCAGUCUUCUUACUUGAGAUUUGUAUUUUGCUUUUGUCAGUUGAAGUUGUUUUUUUUUGUAUGGGGUAAGGCCUUUUUACAUUUGAAUACAUGUACCUAGAAUAUCGAGAAGCACAAUAGAUUCUUUCCUUGGUUUUCCAAUUACCAAAGUGGUGUAAAAGUGGAUGAAAUGCCACAUAAGAUUCUAAUGUGCCUGAUAUGAAUAUCUAUCUUGUACCCUCAACAUUUGUAAUGUGUGAUAUGUAUUUGUGCAUGUGUGCUCUUUUCAACAGCCAUGUAGUAGUUAGUCUGCAUAUACUAAAAUGCUUUGUCAAUAAUUUGAAUCAAGUGUUGCAAGCCAGUGGUUUUAGUGUCCAAAUACACAUCUUUGGUUUUGCUCUAUCAAAUUAGUGCUUGAACCAGAAUAUAUAAUACACAGGAUCUAUUUUAGUGCUGAGUGCCACAUGUUAGUCUGAUUUCUUAAUUUUGCAGUGUGUUCUGGCAGUUGCACAAGAGAAUAAAAGAACAUCUACUAGGAAAGCAUCUGCUUUUAUUUUACAAUUUCUCUUUGCUCAAAUCACUGUAUUAGUGUAUAGGGCACUCACUGCAUGCAAGAUCUGGUUGUUCACUCUUGAGAUUGAAGACUUUCUUCAGCCAUUAUUAUCAAAUUGUAUCAGGCCUUGGUUAUUUGCCCUAUGGGCUUUGCUGUUAGGUGAAGUUGUGUAGGAAACCACAUCACUCUAACUGUCUGACUACCAGAAAGGUGUAGUUUUAUACAGAAUGGGAAUUGCUGGGGCUAAUGGUUAGAAAGAUAUGGUAUUCGUCAAGUGGUUACUGGAAUAAAAGCUUACCAAACCACA